AUGAACCAAGUCUCCACGAAGUUGCAAACUUCCCCCUGCAGCCCGCAGCGAAAAGGCCGGAAGACCGGCUUACGCCUGCCGUGGACGACAGUACGGGAGUACAGUGUCGUUUCCGUAUCUUUACGUGAGCUGAAAUGUCGCCGACUACGACAAGAUCGAGAACUUCGCUGCUGA